GAGCGCCGGCCAGCUCACCCGGCCGCCCGGUGCCCCAGCCGCCGCCGCCGCCGCCGCGCUCCCGAGCCUAGCCCCAAGCCGGACCUCCCCGGGCGCCGUGCCCCACUGCGCUUGCCCCAGGCUCCCGACCCGGCCCGGGCCACCGGCCGCGGGCCAGAGGGGCCAGGGGGCGCUCGGCACCUGGGCACUCCGAGCGAUGCGCAGCGGGGCAGUGCCGGCCCCGCUGAUGGAGCUGCUGCCGCCGCCGCCGCCGCCGCCGCCCGGCGCGUUCCGCUCCGCCCGCGCCCCGUGCGCCUGAGCGCCGAGCUCGCUCCUCCUCCGCGCCAACUCCGCCGCCCGCUCCCCAGGCCGACCGUGCUCCGCGCGCGCCUCCGCGGGCUCCACGCGUCUUGCCCCGCCGAGGCAGCCUCCUCCAGGCGUGGGCCCCUGCACACUAUGGCCCCCGGGCGGACGGGGGCCGGCGCCGCAGUGCGCGCCCGCCUGAUGCUGGCCUUGGCUCUGGCGAGUGUUCUGAGCGGGCCCCCCGCCGCCGCCUGCCCCACCAAGUGUACCUGCUCCGCCGCCAGCGUGGACUGCCACGGGCUGGGCCUCCGGGCGGUUCCCCGGGGCAUACCCCGCAACGCCGAGCGCCUUGACCUGGACAGAAAUAAUAUCACCAGGAUCACCAAGACGGAUUUCGCUGGACUCAAGAACCUCCGCGUCCUGCAUCUGGAAGACAACCAGGUCAGCGUCAUCGAGAGAGGCGCCUUCCAGGAUCUGAAGCAGCUGGAGCGACUGCGCCUGAACAAGAACAAACUCCAAGUCCUCCCGGAGCUGCUUUUCCAGAGCAACCCGAAGCUCACCAGACUAGAUCUGAGCGAAAACCAGAUCCUGGGGAUCCCAAGGAAGGCGUUCCGAGGCAUCGCCGACGUGAAGAACCUGCAACUGGACAACAACCACAUCAGCUGCAUUGAAGAUGGAGCCUUCCGAGCGCUGCGUGAUCUGGAGAUCCUCACCCUCAAUAACAACAACAUCAGCCGCAUCCUGGUCACCAGCUUCAACCACAUGCCGAAGAUUCGAACCCUGCGCCUCCACUCCAACCACCUGUACUGUGACUGCCACCUGGCCUGGCUCUCGGAUUGGCUGCGACAGCGGCGGACCAUCGGCCAGUUCACCCUCUGCAUGGCUCCUGUGCACCUGAGGGGCUUCAACGUGGCGGAUGUGCAGAAGAAGGAGUAUGUCUGCCCAGGCCCCCACUCGGAACCUCCAUCCUGCAACGCCAACUCCAUCUCCUGCCCUUCAGCCUGCACUUGCAGCAACAACAUCGUGGACUGUCGAGGGAAGGGCUUGACGGAGAUUCCUGCCAACUUGCCAGAGGGCAUCGUCGAAAUACGCCUGGAACAGAACUCCAUCAAAUCCAUCCCUGCUGGAGCCUUCACCCAGUACAAGAAAUUGAAGCGAAUAGACAUCAGCAAGAAUCAGAUCUCGGACAUUGCCGCAGAUGCCUUCCAGGGUCUGAAAUCGCUCACGUCCCUGGUGCUCUAUGGCAACAAGAUCACUGAGAUUCCCAAGGGACUGUUCGACGGGCUGGUGUCCCUGCAGCUGCUCCUCCUCAAUGCCAACAAGAUCAACUGUCUGCGGGUGAACACAUUUCAGGACCUGCAGAACCUCAACCUCCUCUCCCUGUACGACAACAAGCUGCAGACCAUCAGCAAGGGGCUCUUUGCCCCUCUGCAGGCCAUCCAGACGCUCCACUUAGCCCAAAACCCGUUUGUGUGCGACUGCCACUUGAAGUGGCUGGCCGACUACCUCCAGGACAACCCCAUCGAGACCAGCGGGGCCCGCUGCAGCAGCCCGCGCCGGCUGGCCAACAAGCGCAUCAGCCAGAUCAAGAGCAAGAAGUUCCGCUGCUCAGGCUCGGAGGAUUACCGCAGCAGGUUCAGCAGUGAGUGCUUCCUGGACCUCGUGUGCCCCGACAAGUGCCGCUGUGAGGGCACCAUCGUGGACUGCUCCAACCAGAAGCUGGCCCGAGUCCCAAGCCACCUCCCAGAAUACGUCACCGACCUGCGACUCAACGACAAUGAGAUAUCCAUUCUAGAGGCCACUGGUGUCUUCAAGAAGUUGCCCAACCUGCGGAAAAUAAACCUGAGUAACAAUAAGAUCAAGGAGGUGAGAGAGGGUGCCUUUGAUGGAGCGGCCAGCGUGCAGGAGCUGAUGCUGACGGGGAACCAGCUGGAAACAGUGCACGGGCGCAUGUUCCGUGGCCUCAGCGGCCUCAAGACCUUGAUGCUGAGGAGUAACCUGAUCAGCUGUGUGAGCAACGACACCUUUGUGGGCCUGAGCUCAGUGAGGCUGCUGUCCCUCUACGACAAUCGAAUCAGCACCAUCACCCCCGGAGCCUUCACCACGCUUGUCUCCCUGUCCACCAUAAACCUCCUGUCCAACCCCUUCAACUGCAACUGCCACCUGGCCUGGCUCGGCAAGUGGCUGAGGAAGAGGCGGAUCGUAAGCGGGAACCCCCGGUGCCAGAAGCCCUUCUUUCUCAAGGAGAUUCCCAUCCAGGACGUGGCCAUCCAGGACUUCACCUGUGAAGGCAAUGAUGAGAGCAGCUGCCAGCUGGGCCCGCGCUGCCCAGAGCAGUGCACGUGCGUGGAGACAGUGGUGCGGUGCAGCAACAGGGGGCUCCGUGCCCUCCCCAGAGGCAUCCCCAAGGACGUGACGGAGCUGUACCUGGAAGGAAACCACUUAACAGCUGUGCCCAGGGAGCUGUCCAUCUUCCGACACCUGACACUCAUUGACCUGAGCAACAACAGCAUCGGCAUGCUGACCAACUACACCUUCAGUAACAUGUCUCACCUCUCCACCCUGAUCCUGAGCUACAACCGGCUGCGCUGCAUCCCAAUCCACUCCUUCAACGGGCUGCGGUCCCUCCGAGUGCUAACCCUCCAUGGCAAUGACAUCUCCAGCGUUCCCGAAGGGUCCUUCAAUGACUUGACGUCUCUGUCCCAUCUGGCACUGGGAACCAACCCACUGCACUGCGACUGCAGUCUGCGCUGGCUGUCGGAGUGGGUGAAGGCGGGCUACAAGGAGCCUGGCAUCGCCCGCUGCAGUAGCCCCGAGCCCAUGGCUGACCGACUCCUGCUCACCACCCCGACCCAUCGCUUCCAGUGCAAAGGGCCAGUGGACAUCAACAUUGCGGCCAAGUGCAACGCCUGCCUCUCCAGCCCAUGCAAGAACAACGGGACGUGUAGCCAGGAUCCCGUGGAGCUGUACCGCUGCGCCUGUCCCUACGGCUACAAGGGCAAAGACUGCACCGUGCCCAUCAACACCUGCAUCCAGAACCCCUGUCAGCACGGAGGCACCUGCCACCUGAGCGAGAGCCACCAGGAUGGGUUCAGCUGCUCCUGCCCUCUGGGUUUCGAGGGGCAGCGGUGCGAGAUCAACCCAGACGACUGUGAGGACAACGACUGUGAGAACAACGCCACCUGUGUGGACGGCAUCAACAACUACGUGUGUGUUUGCCCCCCCAACUACACAGGUGAGCUGUGUGACGAGGUGAUUGACCACUGCGUGCCCGGGAUGAACCUCUGUCAGCAUGAGGCGAAGUGUGUCUCCCUGGACAGAGGAUUCAGGUGCGACUGUCCCCCUGGCUACAGCGGGAAGCUCUGCGAGGUGGACAACGAUGACUGCACGGCCCACAGAUGCCGCCACGGGGCCCAGUGUGUAGAUGCGGUCAAUGGCUACACAUGCAUCUGCCCCCAGGGCUUCAGCGGGCCCUUCUGCGAGCACCCCCCGCCCAUGGUCCUGCUGCAGACCAGCCCCUGCGAUCAGUACGAGUGCCAGAACGGGGCCCAGUGCAUCGUGGUGCAGCAGGAGCCCACCUGCCGCUGCCCCCCGGGCUUCGCCGGCCCCAGGUGUGAGAAGCUUAUCACCGUCAACUUCGUGGGCAAGGACUCCUACGUGGAACUGGCCUCCGCCAAGGUCCGGCCCCAGGCCAACAUCUCCCUGCAGGUGGCCACAGACAAGGACAACGGCAUCCUUCUCUACAAGGGAGACAACGACCCCCUGGCGCUGGAGCUGUACCAGGGCCACGUGCGGCUCGUCUACGACAGCCUGAGUUCCCCGCCAACCACGGUGUACAGCGUGGAGACCGUGAAUGAUGGGCAGUUUCACAGUGUGGAGCUGGUGAUGCUAAACCAGACGCUGAACCUGGUGGUGGACAAAGGAGCUCCCAAAAGCCUCGGAAAGCUCCAGAAGCAGCCAGCAGUGAGCAUCAACAGCCCCCUCUACCUUGGAGGCAUCCCCACCUCCACGGGCCUCUCAGCCUUGCGCCAGGGUGCCGACCGGCCGCUGGGCGGUUUCCACGGCUGCAUCCACGAGGUGCGCAUCAACAACGAGCUGCAGGACUUCAAGGCCCUCCCGCCACAGGCCCUGGGCGUCUCGCCGGGCUGCAAGUCCUGCAGCGUGUGCAAGCAUGGCCUGUGCCGCGCCGUGGAGAAGGACAGCGUGGUGUGCGAGUGCCACCCGGGCUGGACGGGCCCGCUGUGCGACCAGGAGGCCCGUGAUCCCUGUCUUGGCCACAGCUGCAACCAGGGGAAGUGCGUGGCAUCCGGGACCUCAUACGUGUGCAAGUGUGCCGAGGGCUAUGGAGGGGCCUUGUGUGACCACAAGAAUGACUCAGCCAGUGCCUGCUCCACCUUCAAGUGUCACCAUGGGCAGUGCCACAUCUCAGAUCGAGGGGAGCCCUACUGUCUGUGCCAGCCCGGCUUUAGUGGGGAGCACUGCGAACAAGAGAGCCCGUGCCUGGGGGAGGUAGUCCGAGACGUGAUCCGGCGCCAGAAGGGCUCCGCGUCGUGCGCCACGGCCUCCAAGGUGCCCGUAAUGGAAUGCCGUGGGGGCUGCGGGCCGCAGUGCUGCCAGCCCACCCGCAGCAAGCGGCGGAAGUAUGUGUUCCAGUGCACAGACGGCUCCUCGUUCGUGGAAGAGGUGGAGAGACACUUAGAGUGCGGCUGCCGCCCGUGUUCCUAGGGCCCCACCGCCGCCUGCCACCUGCCGGCCCCGUGGGGACCCCCCCCGCGAGCUGUGACGCCAAGAAGUGGGAGCUGGAGGAGGACGCGAAAGAAGAGAGUAUUAAGUAUAUUGUAAAAUAAACAAAAAAUAGAACUUA